AUGUCGACAAUCACAAGAUUAAGACCGACAUCGGCACCACUGCGUGCGGCCAUGCGGGCCAAGGCCACGAACCCGCGCGCGAUCGCUCUUCCUACCACCGCUGCCAUGGCCGUCCGACACUACCAGGGACGGCCGCCGCAGUUUCCGUUCGGCUUCUCCUUCGGACCUGGAGGCGGCAUGGGCGGCUUCGGCGGUGGCGGCGGCGGUAUGGGCGGCUUCCCUCCCGGAGGACAGAUGCCUCCCGGAGGAGGUUUCCCAAAGUACCCGCAGCAGGCGCCCGGCGAGGAGGAGGGCGGGGAGAAGAAGUCGACGCUGGAGCAGCACUCGAUCGACCUGACGCAGAUGGCGCGCGAGGGCAAGCUCGACCCGGUCAUUGGUCGUGACGAUGUCAUCAGGCGCAUGAUCACUGUCCUCUCCCGACGUACGAAGAACAACCCUGUCCUCCUCGGUCUCCCGGGUGUCGGUAAGACGGCUGUCGUCGAGGGCCUCGCGGAGCGCAUCGUCAACAACGAGGUCCCCGAGUCACUCCAGGGCAAGCGUCUACUUGUCAUUGACGUCGGUGGCCUCAUCGCGGGCACCGGCGUCCGCGGCGAGUUUGAGAAGAAGUUCAAGGACCUCAUGAAGGACAUUGAGGCCAACUCGGACUCGACCAUCUGUUUCAUCGACGAGCUGCACACCAUCAUGAACCUCGGAAAGACGGAGGGAUCCGUCGAUGCUGGCAACAUGCUCAAGCCUGCGCUCGCGCGUGGUCUCCAGCUCAUCGGUGCCACGACCCUCGACGAGUACCGCAAGUACAUUGAAAAGGACCCGGCGCUCCAGCGUCGUUUCCAGCAGGUGUACGUUCCCGAGCCGACGAUCAGCGAGACCGUUUCCAUUCUCCGUGGUAUCAAGUCGCGUUACGAGGCGCACUUUGGUGUGCAGAUCAGCGACGCCGCGCUCGUCUCGUGCGCCGUCUACUCGGACCGCUACAUCACCGACCGCUACCUGCCCGACAAGGCCAUUGAUCUGCUCGACGAGGCGUGCUCUUCGCUCAAGAUUGCGCAAGAGUCGCGCCCGAAGGAGCUCGAGGACGUUGACGCCCGCAUCAUGAACCUCGAGAUGGAGCAGCGAUCGCUCAAGGACGACCAGGACCCGUACGCUGUCAAGCGUAAGGAGACGAUUGAGAAGGAGCUCGAGAAGGACCGCAAGAAGCAGGCCGAGAUCACCAAGGUCUGGAACGCCGAGCGCUCGCGUGUCGGCGAGAUCCGCAAGAUCAAGGAGCAGCUCGAGUACGCCAAGAUUGAGCUCGAGAAUGCCCAGCGUAACGGUGACCUCGAGAAGGCGUCCAAGGUCCGCUUCUCGGUCAUUCCCGACCUGCAGGCUCGCCUGCCCAAGGUCGAGGCUGAGCUCGAGGCCGAGACGAAGAAGGGUGGCGACCUCGUCGUCAAGGACAAGGUCACGACCGAGGACAUUGCCGCCGUCGUGUCCAAGGCGACUGGAAUCCCCGUCACGCAGCUCAUGCAGGGCGAGCGCGAGCGCCUCAUCAACAUGGAGGAGUGCCUCAAGACCCGCGUUGUCGGCCAGGACGAGGCGAUCAAGGCUGUCGCGAACGCGAUCCGCCUGUCUCGUGCUGGUCUGCAGAGCCCGAAGCGCCCGCUCGCUUCCUUCCUCUUCCUCGGCCCGACCGGUGUCGGAAAGACCGAGCUCACCAAGGCGGUCGCCGAGUUCCUCUUCGACGAUGAGAAGAAGGCCAUCAUCCAGAUCAACAUGUCCGAGUUCCACGACAAGCACACCAUUUCGCGUCUCGUCGGUGCCACCCCCGGUUUCGUCGGAUACGAGGAGGGCGGCCAGCUGACCGAGGCUGUUCGCCGCAGGCCGUACACUGUCGUCGUCUUUGACGAGAUUGAGAAGGCCCACCCCGACGUCGCCAACAUUCUGCUCCAGAUCCUCGAGGAGGGCCAGCUCACCGACGGCCAGGGCCGCGUCGUCAACUUCCGCAACACCAUCAUUGCGCUCACAUCCAACCUCGGUGCUGAGGCGCUGUACGAGCCUGGUGCGAUGAAGCCCGACGGCUCCGUCAGCGACAGCGCCAAGGCGCAGGUGCUCAAGGACGUGAACAAGUUCUUCAAGCCCGAGCUGAUCAACCGUCUCGACGCGCUUGUCGUGUUCAACAAGCUCCCGCCCAGCGUCAUCGAGGACAUUGUCGACCUUCGCCUCGGCGAGGUCCAGGGCCGUAUCGCCGACAGGCACAUCAAGCUCGACGUCACCAAGGCCGCGCGCGAGUGGCUCGCGACCAAGGGCUACUCGGACCGCUACGGUGCGCGUGCCGUGCAGCGCAUGGUGCGCGACAAGGUCGCCAACCCGCUCGCGCUCCGCAUGCUCAACGGCGAGAUCAAGGACGGCGAGAUCGUCACUGUCGACACGGUCAAGACCGAGGACGGCAAGGACUCGAACGAGCUCAGCUUCACUGCCAAGCCCGACCCGAACGCGCCCAUGGCCGCUGUUGAGCAGCAGAAGAAGAUUGACGACGAUGCGAAGAAGACCAAGGAUGCCAUCGAGCAGGCGGGCCAGCUCCCCUAA